AUGACAAGCUCAAAUUAUUUAAAAAAUGAAGAGAAUAAUUAUGGAAAAUCAGUUGGCCGUUUGGGGGAGGAGAGCUAUGAUAGCGACGUGAUAGAAAUUAUAAGCUUAAAUGAGAACCAACCUCCGUGCAACACAGUGUCAAAAUUUGGUAACUUUGGGAGAGUACAUCAUGGAAGGUGUAACUACGGCAUGUCUAUGGAAGGAUUCAGUGACAUCGAAAUUAUAGAGGACAUAAGCAUGUACAACUAUGAGCAGAUAAAGUUAGCCAGGAUGAAAGAAUUCGAGGCGUCGAAAAAGAGAGCUGAGUUGAUAAGAGACAAGGGAGUCUUCUUUGAAUACUAUUUAGGGUGCAUAGAAACAGAUUCCAUCAUUUUGUCCAGUGAAAUAUGCGACGUAAAGAGUGACAAGGAUAUUGAGAUAUGUUAUGAGAUAACACCGAAAUCGACCAAGCGGUCAUACUCCCCAAUGUAUAUGCUAAAGGUGAAUAAAAAUUAUGUUAUAUCCAAUGAUUAUAUUAAAGUGAUAGGUAGGAACAUUCCCACAGAUAAUAAAAAAGUAAAAAAAAAGAAAGUGUUAACAAAGAAAGGUAACAAUUCUCCAUUACGAAAUGAAGAGUAUUCAGAAGUUCAUUUGGACUCGAAUAAAAUUUUAUCAGCAGAUAAAAAGUUCAUGGAAUUUGAUAAGUGCAAAAGUGAAAUUUUAAAAGAUAUAAACGAGGGUUAUUCAUGUAUAAGAAUUAAGCAUAAUAAUAAUAGAGACAUCUCCAAGAUUAAGAGCAGUUUGUCCAAAACAUUAUGUGUACUACUUGUUUUGAAUGCUAUCAGAAUCGAAAUAAUGUUAGAAAAGGUUUCCUUAUGUGAUUUAAAAUUUGGGGGCAGCUUAAGAACUUUUAUUCAUGUUAUUUUAUACCCUGAUUCUUUUAAAAUUGAUUCUCAUAAAUUUCAUGAAUAUAAUUCUUUAAUUAAAAACAGUGUUGAUAAUUUAUUUAAGGAGCUUAGAAUCACGCCACUGCGACUAGCCAAAAAUGUCGAUACGGAUUCCUUUGAAAGUUCUCAUAUUAGAAUAAAUAAGGGUAAUUUCUUGUCCCCUUCUAAUAGUAUUCUUAAGAGCGAUUCAUCUGUCCAUGGGAACAGGGACCGGGCGGGGGACACCUCCCUUGGUUUCAGCACCCCUUACAAGGCACUGUGCGCUCCGAGGCGCUCCGUCCUAGACCCAGCAACCCUCAGCGUAACCAAGGAAGAAGAGGAAAUCGUGGACUCCCUCAGCGAGAAUGACAUGGAGGAAAACAACGAAGAAGCAACGAACAUGGUUUUUGUGGAAGAGAAAUAUCGCGGGGGUUAUUUGCUCGAAGAGUUCGAGGAAAUUCACCCGGACAAGUUUUACUUCAAGCCUACGCUGAAAACGUACCAGGCCGAAGGUGUGUGGUGGAUGUACACCAAGGAAAACCCCCCUGAAUAUUUCAAAGAGAAAAACAGAAAAAAAGAGGACAUAAAAGAAAUCGUAAUUGAUGAAGUCGUCAAGGAUAACUCUCUUUUGAAAAGCAUGGCAAGGAACAGGACGCAAAUACAUUCCAUAAUAAAUGAAAAGUUCACCCCCAAUUUGGAUCUCACGCAAGGCGUGCUGUCCGGGUGUAAGGUCGAGCAGAGUGUAAGUAUCCCUCAGUGCAAGGUCGAAACGAUGGCCACGAUUCCUCAGCCCGAGGCGAAACGGAUUGACUUAGUCAUCAAGCGAGAGAAAAACGAAUCAUACGACGACACGGACGACGGCGAAAACGACGGCGAUGACAUUCGGAACAAGCAACCACUUAAUCCCCUGUGGGAGGAACAUGCCUUUAUCCCAAACAUAAAAAUCUACGAGGAGGAUAACCUGGUGUGCGUGCUAAAAUAUUUCUAUGUAAACAAAUUAACAGGGUGCUUUUCGCUGACCUUCCCACAGUAUGUACCCCAAUUUAGGGGUGGUAUUUUAUCGGAUGAAAUGGGUUUAGGAAAAACGAUACAAAGCAUCGGCUUAAUAGUGCAUGAUGCUUGUCAGAACAAAUUGCAUUUACAAAAUAGGAAUAAUAAAAAUAAGAACAACAUUAUUCACUUGGUAGAAAAUACUAUAAAGGGAUUGAAUUUUAAAAACGGAGGGACAUUAAUUAUUGCCCCUUUAGCUCUGAUCUAUCAGUGGAAACAAGAAAUCGAGAAGCACACCAGGGAGGGUUUCCUUACAUCCUACAUUUAUUACGGAACCUCCAAAGAUAUAAAUACCGAAGACUUAUGCAUGUACUCUGUGGUGCUUACUACAUAUUCAACUCUAGUCUCUGAGUAUAAAAAUACGUUAAAUAAGAAAAGGAAUAAUGGUGAAUAUAAGAACUCUGAGGGAAUGAACAAUGAUAUUGGAAAUAAGAAGAGCGAACAGGGGGACUUUGGUUACAUAAAGGGGAGCCCAGAAGAAGAGAAAGUGAAGGGUGAGUUUCCUAACCGUGGAGAAAAAGGUAUAAGAGUGAAAAGGAGUCCAGAAAGCGGAAAAAAUAAUGAGAGCCCCAGAAUAAACAACUUUUUCAAAAAAACCAUUUUGGGCACAAAAAUGGAGAUGAUGAGUAAUAGCACCCUAAAAACAUAUGAUGAUAACAAGAACACAAAACAGGGGAACCCGAAGAAAGAGUGCCCCUUGUAUAGAAUAACAUGGAGAAGAAUUAUAAUAGAUGAAGCACAUGUGAUAAAAAAUAAGAACUCCAUUCAAUCAAUUGCAGUGUGGAAAUUGCGAGGAGAAAGAAACUGGUGCUUGACGGGAACGCCUAUACAAAAUUCAAUAUUUGAUAUUUUUCCACUUUUCAGAUUCUUAGGGAUCAAACCCUAUGGAACUAUUGAAUGGUGGAACAAAGAAAUUAUAGAUUAUGUAAACAGGAAUAAAUUGAACAUAGCCUUGGAUGUAGUAAGGAAAAUAUCAUCUCCCAUUUUGUUGAGAAGAACAAAAAAAUCCAAGACAAAAAAUGGAGACUAUAUUAUAUCUCUACCGAAAAAAAAUGUGCACCUCUUGAAACUUAAGUUUUCCAUGGAGGAAGAAGAUUUUUACAGGGCUAUAUUUUACAGAAGCAAAACCAAAUUUGACACAUACAUGCAUGAUGGAAAUGUGUUAAGUCAUUACUCCCACGUUCUGCAGUUACUGCUUAGGCUAAGACAGUGUUGCUCGCAUCCCCUGCUUCUGUUCUCUAAGCCAUUCUUCGAGGAAUGGAAUCAAGAAGAUAUAAACAACUGUCUAGAGAAGAAAGACGACGAUGAUUGGAAAGGGGAGAACGAAGAAGGAGACAGUGAUUCUUUCUCCCCAAAUGGUAGCACUGGGAGAGAAACUCCACUUAGCAGUUCCUACUGUAAUGACAUAACAGAUGAGCCAAGAAAGCGGGGAGAUGAUCUCAUAUACAACUUCAUGCUAGGCGCCACUCAUUCAAAUAAGCUAGAUGAUGAUUACAUCCAAAUGAUAGACCAACUAAAAGGAGGAAAUGCAAUUCAGUGUGUAAUCUGUUUGGAAGAUGCUGUAUACCCACUAAUUAGCAAAUGCAUGCAUAUCAUGUGCAAAAAAUGUGCAGACAAUUAUUUUCACCUUACCCAAAUAGCAGAUAAGAAGUGUCCAGGGUGCAAUCAGUACAUAAGCUUAAAGUCGCUGAAAACGCUACAAGAGAAUAAGUCGCCUCUAGAUGAUCUGCUAAAAAAAAUGAAAAAGGAAAACUUCGUCUACUCUACCAAAUUGAAGCAAUUAUUUGAUCAUAUACAAGAUGACAUGAAAAACGAAUUGCACAUUGUUGUAUUUUCGCAAUGGAUUGGAUUCCUUAAAAUUAUACAAAAAUUAUUAACCCUACAUAAUAUACCAAAUAAAAUAUAUGAUGGAUCUUUAACAUAUGAAGAGAGAAAAACUACUCUCCUUUGGUUCAAUAUACAAAAGGGGAAAGUAUACCAACCAGGAAUUGGAUUUACUAAACCUUCUUCACCAAUACCUGUAGAAAAUGUUUCUGGAAAAGUUCUCCUAUGCUCGCUGAAAGCAGGUGGAGUCGGUCUGAACCUGACCGUUUCGUCCAAAGUGUACUUGAUGGACUUGUGGUGGAACCCUGCCAUCGAAGACCAGGCCUUCGAACGUGUCCACAGAAUUGGACAACUAAAGGAUGUCAGCAUAUACAAAUUUGUUUUGGAAAAAACAGUGGAGGAAAGAAUUCUACAAAUCCAUCAGAGCAAGCAGUACACGGCGAACCAAAUUUUAACUCAAGAGGGUAACAAAAUUAACACGGAGAUGAAAUUCGCUCCGCAGAAAUUGGGCAUGGACGAUUUCAUCCUCAUGUUCAAGGAUUGGAAUGCGGAGGAGUAG